CGCUGCGCCCGUGUUUUUGGUGGGGUAUAUAACCAAAGGCACCCGACGCCAGAGCAUACGCAUCUGAUUCCCAACUCACAUUCCUACCUCACUACCAUGCCUCUGUUCGGACAAGCCCCCAAACCCGAGUCGCGCCUCGGCCGGUAUCGCGCACUGGCGCCGACGUGCGGCUUACAUGUCUCUCCGCUCGCGCUCGGCGCGAUGAGCAUCGGUGAUCAAUGGGCAAACGAGGGCUUCGGGAGCAUGAACAAGGAAUCGAGCUUCAAGCUACUCGAUGCCUUCUACGAGAUGGGCGGGAACUUCAUCGACACUGCGAACAACUACCAGAAUGGAAGUUCGGAGGAGUUCAUUGGCGAGUGGGCGGAGGCGAAAGGUAUCAGAGAUCAGCUGGUCAUUGCUACCAAGUACACUACGAACUUUGUCGACGCGAACGACGCUAUCAAGCAAAAGAUCACGUACACAGGAAACAACGCCAAGUCGAUGCACAUCAGCGUCGAGGCCAGUCUCAAGAAACUCCGCACAUCCUAUAUCGACAUCUUGUACGUCCACUGGUGGGACUGGGACACCCCUGUCGAGGAGGUCAUGAACGCGCUUCACACGCUUGUGCAGGCGCGCAAGGUGCUCUACCUGGGUAUCUCGGACACCCCAGCAUGGAUCGUCUCGCGCGCGAACAUGUACGCCCGCAUGACAGGCAAAACGCCCUUCGUGAUCUACCAAGGCAUGUGGAAUGUCCUCGACCGCUCCUUCGAGCGCGACAUCAUCCCUAUGGCACGUACCGAAGGCAUUGCCCUCGCCCCCUGGGGCGUCCUGUGCCAGGGCAAAAUCCGCACCGAUGCCGAAGAAGCCCAGCGCGCCAGCACAGGCGAGCACGGACGCACGGUGCACGGGCCCAACUGGCAGCGCAACGAGACCGAGCGCGCUAUGAGCAAGGCGCUCGAGCGCAUCGCGGGCGAAGUCGGUGCACAGCACAUCACGAGCAUCGCCAUCGCGUACGUGAUGGCCAAGACGCCCUACGUGUUCCCCUUGAUCGGAGGGCGCAAGGUCGAGCAGCUCCAGGCGAACGUGGAGGCGCUGAGCGUGCGCCUGACGAAGGAGCACAUCAAGGAGAUCGAGGGCGUUGCACCGUUCAGCCUUGGGUUCCCGCACAACGUGGUGGGUAAUGGGACCGAAACUUCCUUUGGUAUCAUGAACGGGGGAUGGGUAGACAAGCAUCCCCAUGCUCCAGCGCUCCAGCCAACCGCAGAGGAUGCCAAGGCUAUGGACCUAAUGGGCAUCCUCAACCGGUGAGCUUAUUAUGGCCAGUAUCAAGCCGUGCGAUAGUAUAUCAUUUUCGCACUGCGGUUGGCCGUCUCUACCUUUAAGUUGUACAUGUGCAUCGCCAAAAUGUAAGUUGAUCUCGAGAUUGUUCAUUCAGUAGGAGUAUGAGCAUUCAUCCUCUGAACGCCUGUUCUACGACCUCUGUCCAGAAGAGGACAACACCGCUGGGAAACACGAGAUGAUGCAUCAUCCUCACUCCGCAUAAGCAAGGUGCUUCCCUUCGGCGUCUCGCCGUCCUUACACCAAAGAUAGUGCACUACCAUCAAGCGAUCGGUCUACCCCAAGGUCGAGAACGCUGCACUGCAGGUACUCAAAGGGGUUUGGUGAAGGCAGACGAGCA